AUGUCUUCUAUGCAGAGCAGCUUAGUUAUUUUUGCCAUCGAUAUAGUAAUAUUUUGCUACAAAUAUGUUGACCAGUGGAAAGGGCAUAAACAUUUUUUGCUAGAAGAAUUUCAGUAUUCUAGUGAUCAAAAUGGGAUACAAUCUGGGUUGCCACCUUUCAAGUAUAGAGAGAAAAAGAGGAACAGAAAUCUGUGGGAGCUAUAA